GGGAAAUGCUUUCAUCCAUACAACAAAAGAAAGGCUAACAGCCCUGUCUUGAAGGGGGAAAAUGGAUUUUGAAUCAAUAGAAGAUCAAGAUGGAAUUCGUCUGUCGUGGAAUAUGUUUCCUGCUACAACAGCAGAAACAGCAAGAGCGGUGAUCCCCAUCGGCGCUAUGUACACUCCUUUGCAUCCAAAACCCGACCUUGUUACCGCUCCUUAUGAACCGAUUACUUGUCGGGCUCCUUGUCGAGCAGUUUUGAAUCCUUACUGUAAUGUAGACUUGCGCGCAAGAUUCUGGAUCUGUCCGUUUUGUUUUCAGAGAAACUCUCUUCCACCUCAAUAUCAUGACAUUUCCACCAAUAAUUUACCUUUGGAACUACUUAGUCAAAAUACAACUAUGGAAUACAUUUUAACUCGUCCAGUUAAGGCUCCUCCUGUGUUUUUAUUCCUUGUCGAUACGGCCGUUUCCGAAUCCGAACUUCAGGCCAUGAAGGAUGCUAUCAUUGUCAGUCUUAGUCUGCUUCCUCCAGAUGCAAUUGUAGGAUUAAUUACUUUUGGAUCCGUGAUUCAAGUUCAUGAAAUUGGCUUCCAUGCCAUCCCCAAGUCGUUUUGUUUCCAACCUGAUGCAAACUACUCCAGUAUGCAACUUCAGUACUUGCUCGGCUUAUCUGGAGGACAAUUUCGCCCUAUGGGCUCCAAAACUACUAUACAAGGUACUGGUGUCACCCUAAACUUAGGUGCUGCAUCCCGGUUUCUUUUACCUGUUCAGCAUUGUGAACUGCAUCUUUUGAAUAUUCUUGAGCAACUUUCUCCAGAUCCAUCACCUGUUCCUCUUGGUAAGCGUGCUCUAAGAUGUACUGGUUCUGCUUUGAAGAUAUCAGCAACACUAUUAGAAAUAGCUUUCCCCAAAAGCGGAGCACGAAUUGAAUUAUUUGCUGGCGGUCCUUGCACUAUAGGCCCUGGACAGGUUGUCUCAGUCGAACUAAAAGAACCAAUGCGAUCCCAUUCCGAAUUAGAAAACGACAAAGCAAAGCAUUUUAAAAAAGCAAGACGAUUUUACAAAGAGGAAGCUCAACGUCUAUCCGAAUUUGGCCAUACUGUCGAUAUAUUCGCAGGCUGUUUGGAUCAGGUAGGAAUAAUGGAAAUGGAAAGCCUCGUCAAUUACACCGGUGGUCAUAUUGUACUUUCAGAUUCUUUCUCAACGUCCAUUUUCAGACAAAGUUAUCAGAGGUUGUUCAAUGCAGAUGAAUUUGGAUAUCUCAGAAUGGGAUUCACAUCUACUUUGGAUGUCAUAACCUCAAAGGGAUUAAACGUCUGUGGCAUGAUUGGCAAUGGUUUGGGUGAGAGCAAAAAGAGUAAUAAUACCAGCGAUACUGUGAUUGGAAUAGGCAAGACGGAUUCUUGGAGAAUUUCUACAAUUUCUCCAAAGUCAACGUUUGCCAUAUAUUUCGAUUUGAGCAAAGAAAUGAACAACCCUGCUUCUCAACAUCCGGCGCAAUCAUACAUUCAGUUUUUAACGUUAUAUCAACAUGCUUCAGGUACUUAUCGACUUCGCGUUACAACAAUCUCACGCUCUUUUAUUACUGGUCAUGCCAAAAGUAUAUCGGACUCAUUUGACCAAGAAGCUGCUGCUGUAUUGAUAGCUCGCAUGGCCUUGUUUAAAUGCAACAACGAUGAUGAGUAUGGUGUGGCUAGAUGGAUUGAUCGCACUCUUAUUAGACUUUGCCAAAAUUUUGCCGACUACAGAAAAGGUGACCCACUAAGUUUCCGUCUUUUGCCGAAUUUCACCUUAUUUCCCCAAUUUAUGUUCCAUCUUCGCCGUAGUCAAUUCCUUCAAGUUUUUAACAAUUCUCCCGAUGAAACAUCUUUUUAUCGCCAUACAUUGAAUUUUUCCGACGUGAUGGACUCGCUAAUUAUGAUUCAACCUACUCUUCAAUCUUACAGUUUGGAUUGUCCUGAAGGAAUUCCCGUUCUACUUGACUCGAUGUCCAUCAAGUCGGAUGUAAUUCUCUUAUUAGACACAUUCUUUCAUAUUUUAAUUUUCCAUGGAUCAGUAAUUGCUCAAUGGAGGAAUGCUGGAUAUCAAGAUUUGCCAGAGUACACCAACAUUAAAGAACUCCUUCUGGCACCCAAACUCGAAGUGACCGAACUUUUGGCAGAUCGUUUUCCCAUUCCGAGAUUUAUUGUUUGUGACCAAGGUGGCAGUCAAGCUAGAUUUUUGUUAUCCAGGAUUAACCCUUCAGUGUCUAUUGCUGAAUCGUCUCCUUACCAAAGCAUGUCGGACAGUUCCGAGCCCGUCCUAACUGAUGAUGUUAACUUGCAAAAGUUUAUGGAACAUUUACGAAAAAUGGUAGUCGUAUCAUGAAUUAUAGUUUAAAUUAAUGUGGAGCAAUUAUUGGCGUAUAGUUUCUACGUUGCCGGAAUUGUUUCCAAGCAAAAUACUUGAUAUCGUGUGAUAAUCCAGUAAAUGCAUAGUAAAUUUGAUUUAAGGCCUUCUGACCUACUUAAAAAGCAAUGUAUUCAAAAAAGUAGUCUAUCGACGGAAGAGGAGAGUAGACUGUUAUAUUAUGAGGGUAGUUAAUAAAUUUCGGAUUCUAAUGCUUUUGUAUGCGAAUUGGCCAGGUAUUUUCAAGUUUGGGAAAUUGAUCGAUGUAUGGGAGUUUGAUAAACUGUUUUUACUUUGUUUAAA